AUGGAGGCCCUCAAUGAGUCUGCCCAGUUCAACUUCUCCCUGCCGCAGAACUUCGGCAAGCGGCCCACCGACUGGGCGCUGAGUGUCAUCCUGGUGAUCAUACUGUUAACCAUCAUGCUCUCACUGGGCUGCACCAUGGAGUUCAGCAAGAUCAAGGUGCACUUCUGGAAGCCUAAGGGGCUGGCCAUCGCCCUGGUGGCGCAGUACGGCAUCAUGCCCCUCACUGCCUUUGCAUUGGGCAAGGUCUUCCAGCUGAACAACAUCGAGGCACUGGCCAUCCUAAUCUGCGGCUGCUCGCCGGGGGGGACCCUCUCCAACAUCUUCACUCUGGCCGUGAAAGGGGACAUGAACCUCAGCAUCGUGAUGACCACCUGCUCUACCUUCUUUGCCCUGGGCAUGAUGCCCCUCCUCCUGUACAUUUACUCCAGGGGCAUCUAUGAUGGGACCCUGAAGGACAAGGUGCCCUAUGGCGGCAUCAUGAUAUCACUGAUCCUGAUUCUCAUUCCUUGCACCAUAGGCAUCAUCCUCAAAUCCAAACGGCCACAAUACGUACGUUAUGUCACCAAGGGAGGGAUGAUCCUCCUGCUUUUGUGCAGUGUGGCUGUCGUAGUGCUCUCUGUCCUCAACGUGGGCAAGAGCAUUUUGUUUGUCAUGACACCACACUUGCUGGCCACCUCCUCCCUGAUGCCUUUCAUCGGCUUCCUGCUAGGCUACAUUCUCUCUGCUCUGUUCCGCCUCAACAGACGGUGCAGACGCACUGUCAGCAUGGAGACUGGAUGCCAAAAUAUUCAACUGUGCUCCACCAUCCUCAACGUGACCUUCCCCCCUGAAGUCAUUGGACCACUCUUCUUCUUUCCUCUCCUCUAUAUGAUUUUCCAGUUUGGAGAAGGGCUUCUCCUCAUUGUCCUCUUUCGGUGCUAUGAGAAGAUCAAGCCUUCCGAGCAUAAAACUAAAAUGAUCUCCAAAGCUGACACAACUGAAAACACCAUUCCAACAGCUCUGGGAAAUGGCACCCACAAAGGGGAGGCGUGCCCCCCUUGCACAGCCUAG